AUGGAGCAACAGAGCGUCGACGCCCUCAGCGCCUACGUGGCACGGGUGGACCGCCACCUGAACGGCGUCGAGUCCCACCUGCGCCACCUGCGCCACCGCGUCAGCGCAUGCGCCCCGCUUUCUCACAGCACACUCCCGCCCGCCCUCCCGCCGGCGCGCAGCAGCGCGUCAGAGCAGCGGUUCUGGCCCUCCGCCUGGCGGAAGACGAGCGGCAGCGCGCCGGCGAGGGAAGGGGCGCGUGCGUCAGGGAACCGCCGCAAAAAGGGGACCCCCACAUCCGCCUCGUCGUCGUCGCCAGCAUCACUGUCCCCCCUACCAGUGGGGGGCACGCGGACCGCGGCAGCCGCCGCACACAAACGGUUUCCAAAGCCGUUGCAGCGGCGUCAGCCACCGCGGCUCUCGAGCGGCGUCAGCGCAUUGCUAAGCUCCAGCUCAUCCACGCUGCUGUCGUCGUCGUCGUCGUCGUCCUCGUCGUCGUCCGUCGUCGUCCUCCGCCUCAUCAAGCUUGCAGUCGCGGCAACGGCGGCAGGCGAUGGCAACAUCGAGCGUCUCUUCUACGUUAACGUCCGCCACGCUUAUCUCCUUCUCUUCGCUAGAGGGAAGCCCGGCGGGUGA